AUGUUGUUCUCCAAACUUCUCAUAGCGGCCCUGGCGCCAGUCGGCCUCCUUGCUGAUGCCUUGGCGCCAGAAUUGGAUCUUGAUGCGCUUCUCGCGAAGCACAAUCUAGCACUUGUGCCUCGAUCAGAUCUCACAGACGCGCUGACAGAGCUCAACGGUCUGCUCAGGAGGAACCAGGCUCAGCAGCAGAAGGUUCCCCUAUAUCCACGGCAAACCAAUGACACGGGUUCUGGUUCAGGGUCCAGUAACGGCGGCCUUGACCUUGGUGAUAUUACCGGACUGGGGGAUCUCGGAGAUAUUCUCACGAGUUUAACCAAACUUAUCACCCAGUUCAGUGACCUCGCCGGUUACCUCGACGCCAUCCAGAAGCUGUUGAGCGACGAGUUCCUGGAGUCCCUGAGCGAUGCCAUAAUCUACCUUGCCCAAACGCUUCGGCCGCCUACCCCCACUCUCGCCAGAAACAUCCUCGCCAAGGUAUCGCCUCUGGUCGAUUUGAUCGCGACUCUGGAUCUAGAGAGCAUUAUCGACACGGUUAAUGGCAUCGACAUAAAGGGCAUACUCAACGCCGUGUCACCGCUACUGACGCCUGAUGCGAUUCAGGGCGUCGUAGGCCUCUUGACCAACGCGGAGUCACUCCUGACCACAGACACGGUGGACGCGCUCAAGUCACUACUUUCCAGCGCACAGCCCUUGAUCGACAGCCUCUCGAAAAUUGAUAUCCAAGGAAUUCUCGAUGCGCUGUCUCCACUUCUCACGCCCAACUCUGUAUCUGGGCUUGUGAGCUUGCUGGGCAAUGCCGAAUCACUCCUGACCUCGGACACUGUGGACGCACUCAAAUCGCUGCUCUCCAGCGCUCAGCCUCUCAUCGACAGCCUUGGUAAGAUUGACCUUCAAGGCAUAUUGGACGCGCUGGCGCCGCUUCUCACGGCCGAUUCAGUCUCUGGGCUCGUGAGCCUUCUGGGUAAUGCCGAGUCGCUCCUGACCUCGGACACCGUGGACGCACUCAAGUCGCUGCUCUCCAGCGCUCAGCCUCUCAUCGACAGCCUUGGUAAGAUUGACCUUCAAGGCAUAUUGGACGCGCUGGCGCCACUUCUCACGGCAGAUUCAGUGUCUGGUCUUGUCAGCCUGCUGGGUAAUGCCGAGUCGCUUUUGACAUCGGACACUGUCGACGCGCUCAAGUCACUGCUUUCUAGCGCACAACCGCUCAUCGAUAGCCUUGGUAAACUGGAUCUUCAAGGCAUACUGGACGCGCUCGCACCGCUCCUCACGGCCGAUUCAGUGUCGGGUAUCGUCGGUCUACUAGGGAACGCUGAAUCUCUCCUAACGUCCGAUUUCGUCGACCAGACCAAAGAUUUGAUCGCCGGGGCUGCACCGCUCCUUGCAAGCCUAGGCCAGCUCGAUCUGCAGGCCUUGAUAGACCAGGUCACUCCAAUUCUCAACGCUCUAAGUAAGAUCGAUCUGCAGAGCGUAUUCGACGCUGUUAGCCCGUUGCUCACGGCAGAUUCCGUGUCGGGUAUCGUUGGAUUGUUAGGAAAUGCAGAAUCCCUCCUUACAGCCGACUUUGUCGAUCAGACCAAAUCUCUGAUUUCCGGUGCAGGGCCGCUCCUUGCAAGCCUGGGCCAGCUUGAUUUGCAAGCUUUAAUAGAUCAGGUUACACCCAUCCUGAACGCGCUGAGCAAGCUGGACCUCCAGAGCCUCUUUGAUGCCGUCAGUCCGCUGCUGUCUGCAGACUCGGUAGAAGGCAUCGUAGGCCUGCUCGGCAACGCAGAGAAUCUCUUGACAUCGGACUUUGUGGACCAGACGAAAUCCCUGAUAUCUGGUGCAGCACCACUUCUGGCAAGCCUUGGCAACCUCGACCUCCAAGGCUUAAUAGAUCAGGUCACUCCGAUCCUCAACGCGCUGAGCAAGCUGGACCUUCAAAGCCUCUUCGAUGCCGUCAGUCCGCUGUUGUCUGCAGACUCGGUCCAGGGCAUUGUAGGCCUCCUGGGCAACGCCGAGAACCUGUUGACGUCGGAUUUUGUGGACCAAACAAAGGACCUCAUCGCGGGAGCCGGACCUCUGCUUUCCAGUCUGGGGAGCAUCGAUUUGCAGGGCCUGCUUGACCAGCUUGCACCAAUACUCAACAGUCUGAGCAAGAUCGACCUCCAGGGCCUUUUCUCCUCCAUCGAACCAUUGUUAACACCCGCGUCGAUUGGCGGCCUGAUUGGGCUUCUGGGCAACGCCGAAGACCUUUUGACUUCAGACUUCGUGACCCAGACCAAAGACCUUAUCUCAGGAGCCGGGCCAUUGCUUUCCAGUCUGGGAAGCAUCGACUUACAAGGUCUACUUGACCAGGUGGCGCCCUUGCUCAACAGCCUCAGCAAGAUCGAUCUUCAGGGUCUCUUCUCCUCCAUCGAACCCUUGCUGACGCCCGAGUCCAUUAGCGGCCUCGUUGGGCUACUGGGUAACGCCGAGAACUUGCUGACCGGCGAGUUCGUAGACCAAACCAAGGCCCUGAUAUCUGGCGCUGGUCCCUUGCUGGCCUCACUCGGCAAGAUCAAUUUGGAGGCCCUCAUCAACCAGGUGUCGCCUCUGCUGAAUGAACUGAACCAGAUUGAUCUGACGGGCCUGGUCGCGCAGUUACAACCUAUCUUGAACGCUGUGAGCAAGGUCGACAUUGCCGGUCUGAUCAACCAGGUGCAGCCCCUCCUCAAUGAGGUCAGCCAGGUGGAUAUCACUGGUCUCGUCGCCCAAGUCCAACCUAUCCUGAACUCCCUGAGCAAGGUCAAUAUCGCUGGGCUCAUUGGCCAGGUGGAGCCCCUGCUGAAUGAGAUCAGCCAGGUCGAUAUCACUGGCCUGAUAGGCCAAGUACAGCCAAUUUUGGCUUCUCUGAGCAAGGUCGAUAUCGCAGGCCUUAUCAACCAAGUCCAGCCUCUUCUGAACGAGAUCAGCAAGGUAGACAUCACGGGCCUGAUAGAACAGGUACAGCCUCUUCUGAGCUCCUUGUCGAAGAUUGACUUGGUCGGUCUUGUGAACCAGGUGCAACCUUUGCUCAACGAGGUCAGCAAAGUGAACAUCACGGGCCUGAUAGACCAGGUAGAGCCUCUUCUGGGCUCCUUGUCAAAGAUAGACCUGGUCGGUCUUGUGAACCAGGCGCAACCUUUGCUCAACGAGGUCAGCAAGGUGAACAUCACCGGCCUCAUAGACCAGGUAGAGCCUCUUCUGAGCUCCUUGUCGAAGAUCGACCUGGUUGGUCUUGUAAACCAGGUGCAGCCUCUUCUGAACGAAAUUAGCAAGGUCGACAUCACCGGCCUGAUAGAUCAAGUCCAGCCUCUUCUGACUUCCCUGUCCAAAAUCGACUUGGCAGGUCUCGUCGACAAAUUGCAGCCCAUCCUUGAUGCCGUGGGCCAGAUCGACCUGGUUGGCCUGAUCAGUAAACUCACCCCUAUCCUGAACCAAGUGGGCGACAUCGAUCUGGAGGGCAUCUUCGAAGCCGUCUCGCCACUGCUGACGCCGAAGACGGUCAGCGGUCUCGUCGGGAUUGUCGAUGCGCUGGGACAAAUCGACGUUGCAGGCCUCCUGGAUCAAGUCAAGCCACUGCUCAACAGCCUGAGCCAGAUCGACCUAGCUAGUCUCGUCAGCGCGGCCAAGCCUCUUCUCGACGCCCUGGGCCAGAUCGACAUCCAGGGCAUCGUGGACCAGAUCACGCCGCUUGUCACGCCGGAGACUGUCGGCGGUAUCUUGACCCUGCUUGGCAACGCGCAGAGUCUGCUGUCGGCGACGUUCGUGUCGCAGACGACCGAGUUAAUAGGCGAUGCCACACCGAUCGUGGCGACAAUAUCGGACUUUAUCAAUGCCAUUCUGCAGGCGUUGCUGAACGGUUGA